ACAAUAGCAAACGUUACGUCAGUCAGAUGGAACUCCUGUUCUCCCUGUCACAAAUUUGUGUACAUCUAAUUGGUGCUGAUGGUCAAAUUAAUACUUCUAAUUAAAAUUGACUUACUUCUCAAAAUGUAGAUCGUUUUUAAUACUGAUAAAUAAGUGGAGACAAAAGUGCUGCGAAACUGAUGUAAAAGCAAAGUUAGUGUUUGGUUUAAAGAUAUUGGUUAAAGACAUAUGUAUGUAUGUAUAUUUUCCUCUUCUCACGAAUACUGCAAAGGAAAACCCAUAUACGAUCAGUUUUUGUUGAUGGCGAGCUACAUUUUGAACAAAAAAUAUAUAAUGUGUGGAAGUGCGGGUCAUAAUAUGUAAAGGUGACGUCCUGCAAUUUUCCGAGACAGUCAAUAGUGUCAUGUGGAAUUUUAAUACGUAUAUAGUGUUGUGUAUAUGCCGAUAGCACGAACGAGACCGAACACAAUGCGGACUGCACCCUUAAUUUAUGGAUAAUAAACAUUUCCUAAGGCGCGCUACUGUUGCUUAGUGUGGGACGUGUUUUCCAUUUUGAAAUUUAUUUACUUUGCGGAAAAAAUUGGCGUUUGAAGAAGUGGAUCUGAAUCAAAUUAAUAAUGAUAAAACUCAGAAAGUGUGAUAUACUCAUCGCUUUCUUAUUGGGUUUUAAGAUUGUGGUAGUGGCAAAUCUACAACACGCCACUGACUUAAUCCCCGAGCAGCGCAAUCACAACUUGCCUCUAACAGAAAAGUUUAAUAAAUAUUUAAGAAACCAGGAAAAUGGCUCUUUAAAUAAUUCAGAGGUAGUGCUGCCCAAAUCAUCACGCGUUUUCGACAGUGGUUUCGAUCGGGAAAAUGUAGAGUUUUCAAUAGAAUCUGAUAUAACAUUCCAAGGCAACGAGAGGCCAACACAUGUUACGGAGCCUAUACAUCGAAAAGAAAAAGUAGUUAUAGAGUCUACUAGCCAAGCACAGAGUGAGAUACGCGCUUAUGAAGAUAUUAAUACGACCAAUAACAACGAUGAAUUACCCAAAUACGAAAAUGUGGAAUAUGAAGAGCGGUCAUCUGGUACCAUAUUGUCGAAACUUAAUACAGCUGAAUCUGGCAACGCUUUGCCAAUAUUUUUAACCGAACCAGAAAAUGUUUAUGUCAUAAAGAAUCGACCGGCGGUUCUCAAGUGCAAAGCGGCGCAUGCACUCCAGUUACUCUUCAAAUGCAGUGGUAGUUCUCAGCCUCCGCCGUCAACGCAUGACAAGCAUGUCGACCCUCAUACUGGUGUUCACGUGGAAGAAGUAACUGCUACCAUACACCGCGAUUUGGUAGAUGAAUAUUUUGGCAAGGGUCCUUUCAAGUGUGAAUGUCAAGCUUGGUCGUCACGUGGUGUUGCUAAAAGUCAAGCAGCUACUAUAAGUAUUGCAUAUAUUAGGAAGCAUUUUACUACGUCACCCACCUCCCUAAAGGUUGAACUUGGUUCCAAAGCUGAAUUACAUUGUGAUCCUCCUGGUGCAUUUCCCGAACCAAAAAUAACAUGGUUCAAAAACAAUAAUCCGUUGACAGUUUCUAACGAUCACGGAAUUGCUAUAUCUAUCGAUGGUACUACCAUCACUUUCGAUAUUGUAUCUUUACAGGAUAUGGCAAACUACACUUGCAGUGCCGAAAAUGUUGCUGGUAAACGGAUAUCAGACUCAGCAGUUCUAAUCGUCUACGUAAACGGAGGAUGGAGCUCCUGGAGUCCUUGGAGGGAAUGCAAAUGUUCCGGAAAAUUAAGCCAGGGUCGAAAAAGAGUUCGUUUUUGUAAUAACCCGAUUCCCUUGAACGGCGGCUCUCUUUGCUCUGGUGCACAAGUCCAAAAAUCUGCUGAUUGCAUAUCAUGUCCAGAAGAGACGCAAAUUGUAACAGCCGACGGAUAUGAUCCUUUAUCAAGUAAGAAACUAGGCAGAUGGACGCCGUGGAGUGAGUGGAGUUCGUGUUCUUCCGACUGCAUCCAACUUCGCCGACGAAGAUGCGUUUUUCCUGCUUCGGACGAUAUGAGUGUUGAAAGCAUUGAAGAUUCAGUGCUAUCAGUAAACAUAGCGAAUACUAACAAUAACGGCGUUGGUGGACUGGGGUUCGGAAAGAUUCAAUGUUCUGGCAAAGAUAUUCAAACAGCCGAAUGUCGUGGAGAGCAUUGCCUAAUUGGCAAGGAUGGCUUCGAUUGGACUCUUUAUCUUGGCUUAGCGUUCGUUAUUACUGUCUGUAUUGCAUUUGGAGCCGCUCUGAUUUACUAUGCACGGCGAAAUUUAUCUAUUAAUUCCCAUUAUAAUAUGACCAGAACCAAUAUGAACUCUGAUUAUGUCCAAGGAAUAAAUAAGAAGGGAAUCAAUGUUGAAACCACAAAUGCCAAUUACGAUUACCCCAGUUCGGAUCACAGAUUUAUGUCCAAUGAUCACAUCAUAAGUUGUGGAGUUUCUGAACAUCACUAUGACGUACCGAAUUUAUCUGCCAAUUAUACCAACCCAAUAGACGAAAUAAGUGCGGAGUAUGUCACUGAUACACCAGAUACCUCCACAGCAGAUACUUCAAAUUCUACUUACGAUAUAACCGGCAAAAUUUCAAUACCUUCCGUCUCCAAAAAUGUUGCAACUGAAAUUUUUAAUAAUUGUGGAGGUAGUUUGAGCCUUUAUAAAGGAGAAAUAAUGCUGCAUGUUCCAGAGUUUGCCAUCGGCAAAAAUCAAAAGAAGCAUAUGUCCUUGAUUCUACUGAGCGACGAAAGCGCUCGAAUAUCCAUACCCUGCGCUGAGCCUUUGUUUGUAUGCAGCACAAUCAUCUACUGCUCACCGCGAAACUAUAGCUUCCAGAAACCAGUUAUAGUAAAACUGCCGCACUGUCUGGUGGAUCCCCGGCAAUGGAAUGUGAACAUAUACCACGCCGAUAACGAUCAUUAUGACAUCAAUUCAAAUUGGCGGAAAAUAAUCGCGGUUGGAGAAGAAACUAUAAAUACCCCAGUUUUCGUACACUUGGAAGAUAGCCAUUUGUUCAUCAUGACCGAACAAUUGGGACGUUUCGCAGUCGUCGCUGAGCCGAAAGUGCACAACAAUCACCAAGCUUCUAUUAAAAUGCGGCUUAUUGCUUUUAGUCAGCUAACGCCAAGCAACUCAAACUGUAGCCUUCGAAUAUAUGUCGUAAAGGACUUUCCUAAUAGUAAAGACAUUUGCACGAAUAUUGAAACUAAACUUGGCGGUACAAUUAUGGGUGAAAGUGAAUCUUUUGAUUUUCACUUAAAUACUUGCGAUUUAGUUAUUCGUGUUCGUAAUACAGGGUCCAGUUCGUGGGACAUCAAAGAGCACAAUGACUAUGAACAGAUGAUACCCUACAAUCACAUACUUAAUAAUAAUUCAAUUUUGCACUGCGAGUUUAGUAUAAAACGAUCGCUAAACUCUCCGCUGAUAUUUGAGGUGGAUUUCGAGCAGAGUGGUUUGGAGAGUAGCGAAAGGCAAGUGCAUGCGUUCGUUAUUUCAAAUGAACGUUUUCCGCAAACCGAUGUAACAACGCACACAUUCGACCAUCAGCAAGCAAUUGUCUCGAUUGAUCGUGAUAGCAGUUAUGUGAAUGAGACGAAUAGCUUGAGUAGUGUCUAUCUGCCACGAACGUGCAAGCGACUUAUUUGCGCUGCUCUGGACCCACCGCGUCAAGAUGAAAAAGAUUGGCGUUUGUUGGCGAAAAAGCUCGGCACUGAUCAUUACAUAGCAUAUUUUGCUACAAAGCCUUCGCCGACCGAGCAGAUUCUCAAUUUGUGGGAAUGUCGUGCAAGUAACUCCUCGCGUACAAUUGUUGAAUUAUUAAUAGUGUUCAGUGACAUGGACAGAGAAGAUAUAAAGCAAAUUAUAACAGAUACUAUUGGCCCACUUUGGGUGUGAACAAAGCUUUGGAAAGCGGAAAGCGAUUAUUAUUGAUAUGUUGAGAUGCCUUUUAUUUGGAAAACUAAGAGAUUAUAGUAAUAGACAUUAAUAAUUAAUAAGAUAAGUAUAUGUAUUGCUACAUACUCAUUGACUAAUAAGUAGUUGGGGCUCCCAAAGUGUUUCUUACACAGUCGCGGUCACAACCCGGUUAAUUGCUUCAUAAGAAAGUGUAACAAAUUACAUGAUAUAUUCACCUAUUUCACCUAGGUAUGUUUUAGCUACUCUUUUUGCAGAUGUAUAUACUUUGAAAUUUUAUUGAAAAUAAGUUGCAAGUGAAAUUCAACCGAAUAUACAUAUACAGUGUACGCUCUCCUAACGGACAGCUCUCUUAAGCUGCGAUUAGUGAUAUUGCACUUUAGCCAAAAUCAGACAUAUAGGCAUCACUGUAAACGAUUAUAGGUGGCGCACCAUAACGCCGUAACCAUAACCGUUGCUGUAGGUAUCUAUUUAAUUUAGAUUUUUCGCGUAAGCAGCUUUACUUUACAUUUGUUUUGGUAUUUCCGAUAAAAAUUUGAGUAUUAGAAUUUAACGACGAAAAAUUAAAUGACUUAGUGGAAAAGUAGCCGAAUGAGGCGGCCGCCGUAGCCGAAUGGGUUGGUGCGUGAUUACCAUUCGGAAUUCACAGAGAGGUCGUUGGUUCGAAUCUCGGUGAAAGCAAAAUUAAUAAAAACAUUUUUCUAAUAGCGGUCGCCCCUCGGCAGGCAAUGGCAAACCUCCGAGUAUAUUUCUGCCAUGAAAAAGCUCCUCAGUGGGCUUGAAACUGUAGGUCCCUCCAUUUGUGGAACAACAUCAAGACGCACACCACAAAUAGGAGGAGGAGCUCGGCCAAACACCUAACAGAAGUGUACGCGCCAAUUAUUUAUUUUAGUGGAAAAUUAUCCUUGUUUUUGUUUUGACAAAAUUUAAAUGUUGCCAUUAACUCUACUUCAAUAUCGGCUGUUUAUAGUUGCGGCAUGACUAAUCGUCAAAUGGUGUAAUGUUGGCUAUGGCGUUAUGGCUACAGCACCACUAAUUGUAGCUCUAAGCGAACAUUUUUUUCAGUACAUACCACAAAUCCUUGAGUUUUUUUUACACUUUUCUCAUAAGCGGACACCUCCCAUAAGUGGAAAAAAUUUUCAGUUCCUUAAGUGUCCUUUUAAGAGAGAGUACACUGUAAUACGCCUUUACAUUUGCAUCUCGUAUUAGGUCAAAAUUCAAAACAUUAAAAGACAUUCAUAGCAAAAAAAAAUAAAAUAAAAAAUAAAAAAAAUAUAAAUUGCAAAAAAGUUAUUUGCAUAAAAACUGUGAUCAAUAAUCUUAACAAUUACCAAAUGUACACCUUUACCAUUUUCGUUUACUCAUCAUUUUUCGAAUCAUUUCAUUAUUAAAGCAAUAUCAAUACUCGUAAGCCUACAAAACGCAUUUUCAAAACAUUUACUUGCAUCAAAAGCAUUAUCGAAAAAUUCAAUGAAGAUAAAAAAUCAAACGGAAUGAAAUCUCUUGCACAACAAACCCAGGCUAAAAUAAAUUAACAACUUUAAAUUCAGCUUUAUUUUAUUAUUUCUUUCAAAGACUAUACCACCAAACCUUCUGCUUGCAAUGCGACUCAAUCAUAAUAACUUUGCGAUUUCUUUCAUUUAGAGUCUAAAAUUAAAGAUAUUACCUAGAAGUUAAACGAAAAAUCUUUAAACGCAUAAGAAAAUCAAACUGCUCAUUGCUUUCGCUUUCAUUUACAAAUACGCAGCACCUGACAUACCUACACGCACUAAAAUAUGGCAAAAGCUUUAUAUUCGAAUUUAUUUCCAAAGACAAUUUGUAAGCAACUUUGAAUCUCUUUUAAUUAAUUUCUAAAUAUUACUUAGCAUAAGAAUUUUGUUUUUAUUUAAAAUUAAAAAAUGUUAUGUCCUAAUGUUCAGGGUAAAUAUAGUUAUUCAUCUAAAGUUGCAUAGUUUCAAAAACAAUAAUUAUUCAAAAGUGCCGAAGCCUACGAAAAAUAUUCAUUUUCAUUGAAACGUUAUUGGUUAGUUAUAGACUAAAAAUUUACUUAAGUUUAUUGUGGCCAUACGCUUCACUACGGAGCGUCAGGAAUAAAUAUUUAUGUAUUGUUGCACGCGUGCAUUUGUGUUUUUAAAAUCUAACAAAUAUAUUUUCGAUUUAGAUAGCAACUCAACACAACUACUGUGGAAUGUAAUUUCCAUGACCGCGAUUGUGUAUGUGUAUGCAUAAGCUAACUAAAUUCUCGUAUACAUACAUACCUACAUGUGUAGCCAAAUAUUAAAAGCAUGUGAAAAACAAUUAGUGUCCAAAUUUUGAAAGUGGAAAACUGAAAAAAACAAAAAAAAAACUAAAAAAUGCGGUGCCAAAUUCUUCGGUUAUUUAUUAUCCAUUUGAGGAGGCAUAUGUAUAUGUAUUUUAUAAAGUUUAAAACGACUGCUCAACGAAUUCUACUAUGUGAAAAUGUGUCUAUUUGAAACGAAUGUAAAUUAACACGAAACAUAAGCAUAAACGUAUGCCUGCACACAGGUAAUUAGUUAAGUGGAUUGGACUGUAAAACAAAAAACAAAACAU